GUAUCCUCUUGGAAAUUCUGGAAGACGUGCUGGUGCACGUCUUGCCACGGAGCGACUACUGGCGACGAAGGCUGUCGCCGUACUACGAGCAACAGCCUCUCCUUCAUCCCAAGCAGCUCCUGCUCAUGGAUCACCAGGGGAGCAAUUACAAAGCAGCGCCCUUGGCCCUCCAUGGACAGCGCUCCUUGGAUUUGCCGGAGGUCUUCGCACUCAUGUGGCCGAGCUCUUUGUUCACCUAUGUCUUGAUGACACUGCUGCUAGGAGCUGGCUACAUACACGGCGUGUGCGAAAUGCCCAUCCCGAAAGACUUGCGAGUUGUUGAUGCACUUAUUUGGGAAACUCCUCUAAGGUGCGCCUAG